AUGUGUUCAAGUGCCAAGUCUUUGCAGAUUUUGCAGCUUUCAAAUUGUAGUUUUAAAGGAUCAUCAAAUAGUGCAAUGUUGACUAACCUCACUCAAUUAGUGGAACUCAGUUUCUUAGGCAUCGAUAGCAACAAUUUUGGAGGUCAAAUUCCAUUAUUUUUUCUCAAUCUUCAGCAGUUGAUCGUUUUGGAUCUUUCUCGCAACAAUUUUGUUGGUAAGAUUCCUGAAUUUCCAAAAGCAAAUUCCUCACAAAGCCCACUACAAUUGAAUUUAAGGGCCCUCUUCAUAUCUGAUAACUUGCUUAGUGAAUCAAUACCUUCCUGGAAAAUUCCAUGUAAAAGCCUAGUCUAUGUAGAUCUUCGCUCUAACAUGAUUCAAGGGCCUCUUCCUACUGUUCCACCUUCAGUGACUAUUUUUUUCAUCUCAAACAAUGCUCUAUUUGGAGAGAUACCUUCUACAUAUUGCAAUUUGAAUUUGCAUUCGAAUAAUCUUAGUGGAGAAAUCCCUCAUGACAUGUUUGAAAAGUUAACUAUGUUGAGGAGUUUGCAUCUUAGUAACAAUCAUCUAUAUGGAUCCCUGCCUCAUUCUCUGCGUAGUUGCCAAAGCUUAGAAGUUUUAGAUGUGGGAAAUAACAAGAUAAACGAUACCUUCCCUCAUUGGUUGGAAGAUCUUCCAAUGCUUCGAGUUCUUGUUUUGAAAUCCAAUAGAUUCCAUGAUCUCUCUUCAAAUGGGCUUGUGGGAGUUAUUCCUACUAAAAUGGCAAUUCUGACACAACUUUCGAACUUAAACCUUUUGCACAACAAAUUAGUGGGAGAAAUACCUCGUGGGAACCAGUUCGAUACAUUCAACAAAGAUUCAUACAGUGGGAACUUGGAACUAUGUGGACCUCCAGUGUCUAAAUCAUGCACCAGCGGAGAGACACAACCAGAUGAUGAUGAUGAUGAAGAUGAUGAUGGAGUAUUCGAUUGGAAGAUUGUGAUGAUGGGAUAUGGAUGUGGAAUAAUACUCGGAAUAUCUGUGGGUUACAUGGUGCUUUACAGUAGAUGGUUUGAUUAUUGGCUAAAUAAAAAAGUUAGAGAAAAAAGAAUGAGCUAG